GAGAGGGAGAGGCUAUUUGACAGCCUGUUACAGAAAAUGAUCAAUCCCUCUUCGAAGCUACCGACUUGAAUCUCUCUCUCGGGAACAUGCACCACGCUUCGAUCCACAUGACUUUACGCACAAAACAACCGCGUGCGAUUUGAAUGGACACCGCCACUGUUGUUUGCAUCUGUAGCUGACUGCCCGAAUCCACGCGAAACAACCGGAUCUAUGUUCCACUGGUGACUUGUUCUCCUAUUUCAAGAACGAUGUGAGGAUCACUGGAGAGGAACCUGUGUGGUGUCUCAAAGCACAUAUUUUUCAGUGCUUUCCAAACUAUCUGGCAGAUACCCACCUGUUUACUUGUUCGAGUUCAAUUAUUCUGGACCCGCUGGGAUGAAAGCGUGCUUGGACAAAGGAAGGACUUAUUGUGGCCUCUCAAAGGGUCACAAUCCACUAAAAGUCAUGCCAUGGCCCCUGCCGCUGUUGUUAUUGACUUUAAUUUGUAUGAAUCAGAAAACAACUGCUGGUCAGACUCUGAACACGUUCCAGUCAGAGAGGAGGGACUGGUCCCUGAACCACCUGACUGUGCACCAGUCCACUGGAGCGCUGUAUGUGGGAGCGGUCAAUCGCAUUUACAAGUUAUCCUCAAAUCUUACUCUGAUGGUCUCCCAUGACACUGGACCAGAGUAUGACAACAAAGCCUGUUACCCUCCUCUCAUUGUCCAGCCCUGCUCUGAACCACUUGCCUCCACAGACAAUGUCAAUAAGCUGUUGCUCAUUGACUACUCACACAACCGACUGCUGGCCUGUGGCAGUCUGUACCAAGGAGUCUGCAAACUCAUGAGGCUGGAUGACCUCUUCAUCCUGGUAGAGCCCACACACAAGAAAGAGCACUAUCUGUCCAGUGACAACCAGACUGGGACCAUGUUUGGGGUGGUGGUGCCCUCUCAAGGCCAAGAUGCUACUUUGUACAUAGGUACUGCCGUCGGAGGCAAACAGGAUUAUUUUCCGACCAUCUCCAGCCGCAAGCUUCCUCGUGACCCAGAAUCAUCUGCUAUGUUGGACUAUGAGCUUCACACUGACUUUGUGUCAUCUCUUAUUAAAAUUCCUUCAGACACUCUAGCUCUUGUACCACAUUUUGAUAUUUACUACAUCUAUGGGUUUGCUAGUGGCAGCUUUGUCUACUUCAUGACCGUGCAACCAGAGACCCCUGAGAAUGGGAUGCCUGCUGGCAGCUCCCCUGGUGACCUGUUUUACACCUCUCGAAUCAUCCGCCUCUGUAAAGGUGACAAGAAGUUCCAUUCGUACGUGUCACUCCCGGUGGGCUGCAUGCACAAAGGUGAGGAGUACCGACUGCUGCAGGCGGCGCACCUGUCAAAGGCAGGUCGAGUCCUGGCGCGGGCUCUGAACAUCAGCGCUCAGGAGGAUGUGCUCUACACGGUCUUCUCCAAAGGGCAGAAACAGUACAAUGACCCUCCGGACCACUCUGCCCUUUGUGUGUUCACUAUACAAGACAUCAACACACGCAUUAAGGAGCGGCUGCAGUCCUGUUACCAGGGUGAGGGCCACCUGGAGCUGCACUGGCUGCUGGGGAAGGACGUCCAAUGCACCAAGGCUCCUGUUCCCAUCGAUGACCAUUUCUGCGGCCUGGACAUAAACCAGCCCUUAGGGGGGUCCCAGCUGGUGACAGGGCACACUGUGUUCACAGAGGGCCGGGACAGGCUGACCUCUGUCACCUCCUACAUCUACAAUGGGCACAGCGUGGUCUUUCUGGGCACCAAGAGUGGGCGCAUCAAAAAGAUCCGUGUGGACGGUCUUCAGGAGCAGAGCGUCCUGUAUGAGACAGUGACUGUGAUGAAGGAGAGCAGCCCUAUCCUGCGGGACAUGGCUUUCUCAUUGGACCGGAGCUCUCUCUAUGUCAUGUCCAACAAUCAGGUGGCCCAGGUCCCCGUGGAGGCGUGUGAGCAGUAUGGGACGUGCUCCGAGUGCUUGAGCUCUGGAGAUCCUCACUGCGGCUGGUGUGUCCUCUACAACAUGUGCUCGAGGAGGGAUCGCUGUCCGAGGUCUGAUGAGAUGUACCGCUUCGCCACCGACAUUGACCGCUGUGUGAAGGUCAUCUCUCAUCCCGACAGCAUUGCGGUAUCAGCACACAGCGUUCCACUCCUGCUGGAGGUGAACAAUGUGCCUGACCUUUCUGCUGGGAUCACAUGCUCCUUCGGACAGCAGGCGCAGGUGGAGGGACACGUGAAUGGGAACAGGGUCAUGUGUCUGUCUCCUGCAGGGAAAGAGGCUCCGCACAUACCUGAGGGACAAGACUGGGCUGGUAUAGAGCUGCGACUAAACUCAAAAGAGACAGGACAAAUGGUGGGCAGCACUGAGGUGAAGUUUUACAACUGCAGCACCCACAGAACGUGUCUGUCUUGUGUAAGCAGCACUUUCCGAUGCCACUGGUGUAAAUAUCGCAACCUGUGCACCCACGACCCCAGCAGCUGCUCCUUUCAAGAGGGCAGGGUCAACGCUACAGAGGACUGUCCCCAGCUCCUUAACUCUGAGAUCCUGAUCCCGGCAGGAGAGGUGCGACCCAUCACCCUGAAGGCGCGUAACCUGCCCCAGCCCCAGUCGGGUCAGAGGGGGUACGAGUGUGUGGUGCAUGUGCAGGGGACCAGUCACAGAGUCACUGCCCUGCGCUUCAACAGCACCAGCGUACAGUGCCAGAACAGCUCGUACAUGUACGAGGGUGUGAAGAUCAGUGACCUGGCAGUGGACCUCUCCAUCGUAUGGAACGGCAAUUUCAUCAUCGACAAUCCCGAGAAGAUUAAAGUAAACCUGUACAAAUGCAGUGCCCAGAGGGACAGCUGUGGGAUGUGUCUUCGCGCUGACAGGAAGUUCCAGUGCGGCUGGUGCAGUGGCGAGGGCAAGUGCACCCUGAAGCAGCACUGUGCCCCCCUCUCCCCCUACGCCAGUCGAUGGUUGGACCUGUCUGCCCGGAGUGUCAAGUGCACCAACCCACGCAUCACCGAGGUGAGCCCAAUCGCAGGGCCACUUGAGGGCGGUACUUUGGUGACAAUCCAGGGCCUGAACCUUGGGCUGUCGUUCUCUGAGCUGGAGGGAAACGUGGAGGUGGCAGGUGUCCAGUGCACACCGCAAGAAGAAGGCUACAUCACAGCAGAACAGAUUGUGUGUGAGAUGGCAGCAGCCCCCAGAGGAAGUGCGCCGGGUCCAGUGAUGCUGUGUGUUGGCCAGUGCAGACCUGAACUACGUGCUCAGUCCUCCCAGAUCUACUCCUUUGUGACCCCUUCGAUGUUGGCGCUGACCCCAGGCAGAGGCCCUGAGUCAGGGGGUACUAAAGUCACCAUUGUGGGUGAGAACCUGGGAGCUGGAAGCACUGUGAAUGUGUACUUUGCCAACCAGACCUGUGAACUGUACCGGAGGACCAUGUCAGAGAUAGUGUGCUUCUCUGCUCCAUCGCUGACGGGGGCGGGGCCAGUGCAGGUCUCUCUGACUGUGGACCGAGCUAAAGUACCCGAGAGUCUGGCCUUUGAGUACAUAGAGGAUCCAACUGUACAGCGCAUUGAACCACUCUGGAGUAUUACCAGCGGGCACACCACACUGACUGUCACAGGAACAAACCUAGAUGUGGUCCAAGAGCCACGUGUCAGAGUCAAAUACGCCGGCCAUGAAUCCGUCAACGUUUGCAAAGUGCUGAAUCGGACAACUAUCAGCUGCUUUGCCCCCUCCCUGAAAGCGGAGUACACUGCAGACCAGGAGACCGUUAAGCAUGUGGACGAGUUUGGCUUUGUGUUUAACAAUGUCCAAGCUCUGCUUACCUACAACAACACCAGCUUUGUGUACUACCCGAACCCUUAUCUUGAGCCCCUCAGUCUGACCGGGGUCCUGGAGCAGAAACCUGGAGCUCCUAUCAUUCUCAAAGGCCGUAACCUUGUCCCAUCUGCAUCAGGAGGGGCCAGGCUCAACUACACUGUGCUGAUUGGAGAUACACCAUGUUCUCUGACAGUCUCUGACACACAGCUGCUCUGUGAACCUCCAAAUCUCACCGGACAACACAAAAUCCUGGUACAAGUGGGAGGUCUCCACAUCUCCCCGGGUGAAGUACAUAUCCGCUCAGACAGUCUUCUUACGAUGCCGGCUAUCUUCAGCAUUGCAGCUGGAGGGGGGCUGCUCCUCAUCAUUGUGAUCAUGGUGCUGCUGGCUUACAGGCGCAAGUCGCAUGAGAACGACCUGACGCUGAAGAGGCUGCAGAUGCAGAUGGACAACCUGGAAUCACGCGUUGCUCUCGAGUGUAAAGAAGCCUUUGCAGAGCUCCAGACAGACAUCAACGAGCUGACCAGUGACCUCGACCGUGCUGGCAUCCCAUACUUGGACUACCGCACUUAUGCCAUGAGAGUCCUCUUCCCCGGCAUUGACGAUCACCCUGUGCUUCGAGAGCUGGAGGUGCCGGGCAGCGGACAGGUGGGCGUAGAGAAGGCUCUGAAACAGUUUGCUCAGCUGGUGAAUAACAAGGUGUUCCUCUUGACAUUCAUUCGGACCUUGGAGCUUCAGCGGUCUUUCUCGAUGCGUGACCGAGGCUAUGUGGCCUCUCUCAUCAUGACUGCUCUGCAGGGACGUCUGGAAUACGCCACCGACAUCCUCAAACAUCUGCUGUCUGACCUCAUCGAGCGCAAUCUGGAGAGCAAGAACCACCCCAAGCUACUCCUGCGCAGAACCGAGUCGGUGGCAGAGAAGAUGCUGACAAAUUGGUUCGCCUUCUUGCUCCACAAGUUUCUCAAGGAGUGCGCUGGAGAGCCCCUCUUCAUGCUGUUCUGUGCCAUCAAGCAACAAAUGGAGAAGGGACCCAUUGACUCCAUCACAGGAGAGGCUCGCUACUCCCUGAGCGAAGACAAACUCAUCCGACAACAAAUCGAAUACAAGACGCUGACACUGAGCUGUGUGAAUCCAGACAAUGAGAACAGCCCCGAGAUCCCUGUCAAGGUGCUCAACUGUGACACCAUCACGCAGGUGAAGGAAAAGAUCCUGGAUGCUGUCUACAAGAACAUGCCAUAUUCACAGAGGCCGAGGGCUGCAGACAUGGAUCUGGAGUGGCGUCAGGGCAGGACAGCGCGAGUGGUCCUUCAAGACGAGGACAUCACAACAAAAAUCGAAAGUGACUGGAAGAGACUGAACACGCUAUUGCAUUAUCAGGUGUCGGAUCGCUGUGUAGUGGCCCUGGUGCCCAAGCAGAUGUCUUCUUUCAAUAUCCCCUCGUCAGCCAGCUUCCCUCGCAGCAUCAGCAGAUAUGGUGUGGAUGUUCCAUUCCGGUCCACCCCCACCAGUCCGGACAGCCCUCACUCGCGGGUGCCCAUGCUGACCCCUGAUUUGGAGAGUGGCGUGAAAGUCUGGCAUUUGGUGAAGAACCACGAUCAUGGUGACCAGAAAGAAGGAGAGAGAGGCAGCAAAAUGGUGUCAGAAAUCUACCUGACCAGGCUACUGGCCACAAAGGGCACACUGCAGAAGUUUGUGGACGAUUUAUUUGAGACUCUUUUCAGUACUGUGUGUCGAGGCACCGCUCUGCCUUUAGCCAUUAAGUACAUGUUCGACUUCCUGGACGAGCAGGCAGAUCGACAUGGCAUUCAUGACAUGGACGUGCGCCACACCUGGAAGAGUAACUGCCUUCCUCUGAGGUUCUGGGUUAAUGUUAUAAAAAAUCCCCAGUUUGUGUUUGAUAUCCAUAAAAGCAGUAUCACAGAUGCCUGUUUAUCAGUGGUGGCCCAAACCUUCAUGGACUCCUGUUCCACUUCUGAGCAUCGACUUGGCAAAGACUCACCCUCCACCAAACUACUGUAUGCUAAAGACAUCCCACACUACAAGAGCUGGGUAGAACGGUACUACGCUGACAUCAGCCGGCUCCCUGCCAUCAGCGAUCAGGAUAUGAAUGCCUAUCUGGCUGAACAGGCGCGUCUCCACUCCAGCGAGUUCAACGUGCUCAGUGCGCUUCAUGAGAUCUUCACCUACGUUAGCAAGUACAGCCAAGAGAUCACCGAGGCACUGGAGCACGAUGAACAAGCCCAGAAGCAGAAGCUGGCAUAUAAAGUGGAGCAGAUCAUCUGCGCCAUGUCUGCAGAGAGCUGAGAGCUGUACCCCACACUACAAGUCAAGUACACACUUACACCUACACUGAUGUGCACUAGUGGAACCUAUUAUUGUGGCUAUUUGACAUUUCACAGUUUACAUGUACAAGACAUGUAUUAGGGCAGUACAUUGGACAAAAUCAUUUAUUUACAAACGUAAUGCAAACGUAAUAUAAAAGGUAUAUGGCACAUUGGCUACUUAGCAUGCCAUGCCAUGGUCAUCAUUAGCAUGGCUUUUUCUUGCCGUUGUUUAGUCUUGCUUUCACUCAUUGGAUGUAUUAUGGAUUUGCAGAAUGGGGACCUGAAAGGCUUUUAGAAAUGAUUAUCUAGCAAUUCACAAUCUAAACUAGAUAAAUCCAAAAAUAGUAAAACUGCUCAAAUCAAGAUAAACAUCUCUGAAUUCACAUUAAUACAUGAUUCAAGACUUUAUUGUCAUAGAAAACAACAAAACAUUUGCAGUGUUAGUACCGGUAUAUAAGACUGUCCAGAAUUUGAUUUGUCAGGCCGAUCUUAGUCCCUAGUGAAUUGAAAAUGUGCUUCCAUUUUAUGGUUAAUUUCAUGAUGUCAGUUUUCUAGUUGAGGGUUUACCAGCUCUCAUCUGACUAAAAUAUUAUUGCUAUGCCUGAAAUGUUCCAUAAUAUGGUAUAAAUCUAUCUUCCAUUUAUUCAGUUACAGACAUUUUACUGCAAAAAGAAUUUGUGGAGUAACUUGCUUGACUUCAUAGAAUGUGUUGCCCUUUUGUGGAACAUGCCAGGUAAAACAUUCACAUUAUCAGUUUCGGCGUCUUCACCUUUAAAUGGUUAUUGGCUCUGUGGAAAUGUCAUAUAGUUACAUUUUGGGUUGACAAAUGCAUAUGUACAAUCACAUUUACAGUAAAGUGUGCAUAGCCUUGGGCCUAAUGUAUAAAAGGACAAUGCAUACUUUACACAAACCACAGCACACAUCAAACACUGAAGAAUCCCAAAGCUCCACGUUCCAGUCCAGUGUCAUCCCUCUUUUUAGAACAAAAUCCAACCGGCAAAUUUCCAACUCCUGAAAUGCUCGUAUAGAGACAAGAGAGAAUGGGAGAGAAAGAGGAUUUGGGCCAUCGCAGCGGCUGCAUUUGGCACUGUGCUUUCCCGCUGGGUAAUGGUUUGUCUUUGUAGUUUUUACUUAAUAUGUGAGAGCGUGGCAUGGCUGGAUCUCUGAAGACCACAGCACUUAAUAAAGAAUGGUGAAACUUGAAAAGUCACUGAACGGACUCGGACAAAGACUGGGACUUAUUAAAAGCAAGAGAGUAUUUUAGUGUCAAAAAUGAAAGACUUUUUUUUAACAUAUCCAAACGGAGUGUCAUUGGUUUGUGGGGACCAUUUAAAGCCGGAAUGUGUAUGUUGUCAACCCCGUUUUUGAUGUCUCCAGGAGAUAUUGUUUAUGAAGUGUCAACAAAGGUUUAAGACAAGGCACUACUACUUGAUUUAUUGGCAUCACUACGAAAAAAGCAUAGUUAAAAAAAUAUUGUAAAUUUUCACUAAAUUUAUAAGAAAAUCAAAUAUUUUAAUAAAAAAUACCUUAAAAAUAUUUUCUGAGAUCUGUACCUUUGACUGUAGUGUAUCGCCUUAGCAAAAACUGUCAUGGUACGCCAAAAUGUGCAUUUGUCAUUUAACGAACUGAGACUUGAAAAUGCAUUACUUUCAUAUUUUAUACAUAUACGGUGAUAUAUCAAGACCCAAUCCUUGGCGUUUGUUGCCAAAUAUAAUAUGUCCCAUCUUUCAUUUAUGUUAAAUGCUCUUGGAGAAAGCUAUUAAUAUAAGAUGCCAUUGUACAGAAAAAGACAGAUCCCAUUUGCGAUAGGUAAUUUUUUACAGUCAUGAUCUAUGGAACGCUAAUUCAGCCACUCAGAGAUAAGUAUGUGGGACAAAUUGAACUGUGGAAGAAAGCAUGAUUAAUGGACCCUACGAGCACUGAUCCUGGGUCAGAUUAACCCAAAUGGGGCGACACUGACCCCACCCAUACCCCACCAAGUCCCCUCAACCCUUAUUCUCAUCAGUCAUUGUUUACAUUGAGUGUGAUACUUGAAUUCCACAUUGGAUGAGAUAUUAGAAACACCUACUUGCAGUGAACCUCAUUGACAUUAAUAUAUUCACUCAAGCUGAAAAAUUUGAAUAAAAAGGUACUUAGACAUGUCAUAUGAGGUCUGAGGACAAAGAGCAAUUAUGGCUACUAGCAUCCUUUUCCUUCCUUUUAGCUUUUAUCUCCAGUCACUUUAAUAUGUGCUGUGAUUUACAUCCUGGAAAAUGUUCCUGAUCCUCAUUGUUUUGGUUUGGGACAGCAAUUUCAGCAAUUUCCAGAUAUAAUAUUACAUAUUGAAGUAUUUAAACAAAACACAUUCUGGGAUAAAAAUUGGAGGUUUUAUUUUCUUUUCAGUUGUUCUCGAAAGUAGGUGAAGUAGGUGCUCCUUAUAGCCUCAAACACAUGUGGAUUUAUUAAAGGUGCUAUGUAACUUGUCUCUACUUUGCCCGGAGUGUUCCACAGUAUGGCAUUAAACAUAUCUAUCUUACGCUGAUUCAGUUAUUGCCAAAACAUGCAUUCUUAGUGUGAGUGGGGUUCCUUCUCCACAGAUCUGACCUGUAACUUGGCAUAUUGGUGUCACCUUUUAAUGCGAUAUUGUUAGACAUUGCAGACAAUAACAUUUCUAUGUAGACAAGCAGGUGACGGACCCUCCACCAAAAAAGUUACAUAGUGCUUUUAAUCUGACUUUAGUAGCAGUAUUGAAGUUAAUGUAUUGUAAGUCUAAAUAUUUUUGGACCAUUUCACAUUUCACUGUGUCUUUUACUUCUAUGUCCUGAUGUACAUUGUCAGACUGCUUAGCGUCCGCUCGCUGCUGUAUUUAUUGCCAUAUCUGAAGGUAAAACGGCUUUGUUUUAAUCAGGGUUUUUGUUUUGUAUCUUUUUAACGAUUAAAUUUUCAAGUCUUUUUAUGUACUGUACUUAAAAUCACUAAAUGGUACUUGAAAGCUCUGUACCAUUUCUGUGUCGAUGGGAACAGUGCUCCCAAAUGGACCUUGAUUCAUUAUUUAAAAAAUGAAUAAAUAAAAGAGAAAUAAUGAGCCCAUUUCCUGUUAAGUGUUGACCUAUGGCAGAACUCAUCUGUUUUCUGUGUGAAUAUGUUUAUUUAUAAAUGUGCCGUGCAAUAUUCUGUCAAACAUUUACUGUGUUUUUUUUUGUUUUUUUACAACUAUAUAUUAUUGUAUAAAUAUUGUAAAUAUAAAACACUCCUAUUU